GUACAAGAUGCUGAUCCACAUCCGGACGCACACCAACGAGAAGCCGCAUCGCUGCCCCACCUGCAACAAGAGCUUCUCCCGCCUGGAGAACCUGAAAAUCCACAACCGCUCGCACACAGGCGAGAAGCCCUACAUAUGCCUCAACAAGCGUUACUCCAACUCCAGCGACCGCUUCAAGCACACCCGCACCCACUACGUGGAGAAGCCCUACUCCUGCAAGAUGCCAGGCUGCCACAAGCGCUACACCGACCCCAGCUCCCUCCGCAAGCACAUCAAAGCCCACGGCCAUUUUGUCUCCCCUGAGCACCCGGAGAUGCUCAAGGUCCACCCGCAUCCCAAAACACCCCUGGGUUCAGCGGAGGUGCCCUACGUUAACGGGGCGCAGCUCGUGAUCCCCAACCCCGCCGCCCUCUUCGCUCCCCCGGGGUUGCCGGCGUUGCCCAUCCC